GCAGGUCACGUGUUCUUGUGGAGAAAAAUAAAGAAAUCUCUGCAGAGCUGAGGCUAACGGCUAACGGCGGAGUAACGGUCCUCACGGCGGAGACUCCGGGAGUGAGAAAGCAGCCAGCGGACAGAGAGAAGCAUGAGCUAGGCCACAGAGAGGCGGUGACGCUCACAGGUGAUCAGGUGUGUGUUGUAUCAGCUGCAGGAUGCCCAUCCCUCCUCCACCUCCUCCUCCACCUGGGGGACCCCCGCCUCCCCCCACCUUCAGCCAGGCCAACACCAGCCCCCCGAAGCUGAGCAAGGAGGAGGCCAAAGGUCGUGGCGCUCUGCUGUCGGACAUCUGCAAAGGCGCCAAGCUGAAGAAGGUGGCGGUGGUAAACGACCGCAGCGCCCCGCUGCUCGACAGUAAGACUCAGACACCAAAGAGCCAAACACCCCCAACAGAGCACCCAUACAUUCGCUUAUACCAGUACCUACACCAGCAGCAGAGCCUGCCCAAACAGCAGGGGGCGCCGUCUGAGGAGCAGAAGAAGACGGUCGGAGAUAAGAGCCCCACGCUGUCGCUGGAGAAGCCGAAAGGAGGUGGAGCAGCAGCUGCAGGAGCCAAUGGGAGCGGAGCAGGCAGUCCAUCUGGUUCUGCUGCACCAAUCGGAGGCCUGUUCACAGGCGGAGUUCCCAAACUGAGGCCAGUCGGAGAUGGCGCCGCCGGUCGUUCUCCCUCCACUCGGGCUGCUGCGCCUCGCCCUCCAACCCAUCGCCAUGAUGAUGCAGAGAGCCCCUCCCCUCAGGCAUCAUCACCCAUGGAGAUAUCUCGCACGCCACGUCCUUCCCUCCCUAACCUGUCUUCAUCCCCUUCCCCCACCUCCCCCUCCUCUGCAGCCUCAUCCCCCUCCACCGGCAUGAAGCACUCUUCCUCUGCCCCUCCUCCACCCCCUCCCUUAUGUCGCAGAGGUAACGCCCCCUCCCCUCCCACCUCUGCUUACAACAGAGAGAAGCCCCUUCCCCCCACCCCCAACAACACCCCUCCACUGCCCUCCAAACCCCCACCAUCUCCUAGCAACAGCAGGCGCCCUCCGACCUCGGGAGGAAACCCCAUGUCCUCCUCCUCUCUGGCCCCGCCCCCUCCACCAUACCGCAUCACUAAUGGCCCAACUGGUGGCGGUGGAGAGGCAGCACCCGAGCUGCCACAGCGCCACAACUCACUCAGCAACAAGAGGCCCGCCCCCUCACCAGGGGGCCACACCCCUUCCAGAGGCCCCGCCCCUCCACCUCCUCCAGCUUCACCUACACCUUCCCAGCAAGGUGCCAACAGGCCACCGCCCCCUGUUAGAGAGCCGCCAGGUAGAGGAGCAGCUCCUCCGGUUCCGGUCCAGACGUCCUCGAGGGCUGGUGGCAGAGAAGCCCCGCCUCCCCCUCCUUACAGGACACAUGGUAGCCCCUCCCUCUCUUCCGACCCCCCGACCCGAGGAAAACCUCCUCCCCCGCCCACCCGCAUCCCGGCCGCUCCUCCCCCGCCUCCCCCUCCUCUCCGAAACGGGCACUCCUCCUCCGUCCCUCGCUCAUUCGUGGAUGAUUUUGAGUCCAAGUACUCGUUCCAUCCUCUGGACGACUUCCCUCCUCCGGACGAGUACAGACACUUCACCAAGAUCUACCCGAGCAAGGCCAACAGAGUGAUGCGAGGAGCUCCUCCCCUUCCUCCGGUCGGGAGGUGAACCAGGACGAUCACACACCUAGACCACACACACACACACACACACACACACACACACACACACACACACACACACACACACAGACACACACACAGAGACACACACACACACACACACACACACACAGAGACACAGACACACAGAGAGACACACACACACAUAUACACACAGACACACACACACACACACACACACCUUACAUCCAUCAUCCUGUCUGAAGUCUGCGGCGUCUGGCUUCAUCAUCCUCACCUUCUCCAUCGCUGCCUCAUCUCACAGCUGAUUGGCUGAGAGAGGUCUGACAGAGGGACAGACUGACGAGUCGCAGAGAGAUGGCGGAGGAAGCACUGAGGAGCCUGAUUUAAAGUUCCAGUACGUCCGUGCACGAGUCCUCCGAGAUAAAUGUGAAGCUCGGGAGGCGCUGAGCCUCCUCUCUGCACCAUUUUCAUGUUUUUAGUUUUGCACCGGCACUUUUUGUUUUCACAGACGUCUGCACAGACGCAGGACACAAGAACAAAGUCAUUCAGUGACCGAGCUUAAAGGAGCCGCUCGGCAUUUUAGGAAACCUUCUAUGAGGAGCUGAUUGACAGGAGACUCGUGGUGUCCCUGAGACUCGGACGAUGACGAAACAUUGAGUCGCUCCUUUAACGAGCCAGACUUCAACUCAUGUUUCCUGUAGGAAGCUGGAUCGGGACCUGAACUGAACUCACUUUCUGUGUGAGGAGACACGAAGGCAGGAUAACUGAUCACCUGCACCGUCAUCGUCACCUGCCGUGGUGAUGUCAUUGACCUUUUACCGGGACUGGAGCCGGUCUGUGAGCGGGCGGGUCUUUAAGUACCAAGAGGGAGUAACUCAUCUGGGAUCAGCUGACUCCUGCUGCAGGUCAUCAGGGGGUUAUACCAUGUUGGUGGACUGUGGGGGGGGGCGGGGUGGAGCAAACCAUCACAGACAGACUGGAAGUCUCCCACCUGCAGUGAGGACUUCCUAACUUUUUUCUUCCCUCUAACUACAGACUAAACCUGGUGCAUGUUGUCUUUAUCUGAGCUGUGUGUGCGUGCGUGCGUGCGUGCGUGCGUGAGAGAGAGAGCAUAUCAUUUCUUUUUUUUAACAUGCAGUGUUAAAUAAUUACCCAUGAUGCAGAGCGGGCAGGUGUGAGCAGCAGGUCGACGCUCUGAUUUCAGGAGCUGAAUCUUGAGUUUUGUUUGAGGUUCAAAUCAGGAAGCUGACGAUGUAAAAUAAUCUGAAAGCGACGAAGUCCAGACGAAGAUUCACACAAGUAAUAAUGAUACUAAUGGAAGUUCUUGGAAUAAUUUGUCAGUAGAAAUGCUUCAAUGUUUGAUGUGAUAAAACACUUAAUUUAAAAAAAGCUCUGAAAAUAAUUUUGAUUUAAUGCUCGAUUAAAAUAAUAAAAUGACGUUCAGACAAAAUGAGGAAGUUUCUGGAAAUAAAGUCAGAUUGAUUACAUUUCUUUGAUAAAGCUGAAAAAGAGAAACUGUAACGUGUAAAAUCAGGAUGUUUUUAUUUACCUCGUUUUCUCUAACGUGUCCGUGUCACUCUCAUGUUUCCAGUUUCUUGUGACUGUAUCGAUAUUUUUAAACGUAUGUUCAUGUUUGAUGACUCAUUUUGUUUUUCACAUGAAGCCUUCUUCCUGUCGCGUCCUGAAUCCUGGUCACGUGACCCAUGAGCGGUUUGAGACUGAAUCUGAUGUGGUGCUCAGGUUUGAGGUGUUUGCGGUCAGAGCGGAUUUCGGCUCCUCUUCUCUGGAUCUUCGCUUGCGGUCCUGCAGCAGCAGAGUGCAGCUCAGUCUGCAUGCUUCAUUCCAUUUUAUAGCAAACUCUGUCUGAUUUUGUGUUCUUUGAUGAUGCAUUUUGAACUGCAGCAGAGCCUCCUGCCCCAUACCUGGUCUGUUCUGCCUUACACACAGUUAGACUGUAAAAAAAAAAAAAAAUACUAAAAGCUGUAACAAAGCGACCCGUGUGCUGCAGGGUGGCGGUAGUGACGGUAACAAUAGUGAUGAUAGUGUCGGGCUGUCCUGCAGCUUCACUGAGGCUGAAGCUUCAGUCCCAGUUUAACAGCAUGCUCCUCUGCUCUCAAUAAACUCCUCAGCGACU